AUGAAUCCACUUGAGAAUGGAACCAGAUGCUUCCUUGUCUGGGUGUUCUGCUGCACUUGCCUCCCUCUCAUCUUCUUGGCAAGCCCCGUACCCUUGAAGGACGCAGUUAUUCAUACUAACCACUCCUGCGAACUCACGAGAAACAACUUCCAGAAAACCUACUUCAGGAAUCGUACAUAUACUUUAGCCAGCCAGGUAAAGCAAUUGGUCCGCGUGCUGCAGUUUUAUCUGCACAGCUCUCAUAUGCUUUGUACUGUCUUGUGAUUUCCCCACUUUUGCUCCUUGACAUCCUUCCAUCCUGAAAGGAUGCUAACCUGCCUUCAGGUAUGUGCAUACUUUAAGUAUGUACGCCGCUUUGGGAAACCACAACCCACAGGAUUAUAUUCAGCUGCCUAGGAAGUGUGACCUUCCAGAGCUCGCUUUAUAAACAAUUAGCUACACAACCCACUCAUGGCUAUCUUCUACCUAUGGGACUGGCAAGUGUGGGGCUUUUAACGUUUUGUUGAUGCUCUCAGUUAGUUCUGCUUUUCGCUUCCGAUCUGUUAGGUAGCUCAUUGGGCCUGCUUACCUUCUGCAGCUUUCACACUCACCAGGCCAACACUAACACUAUAACUCCUUGGCAUCCUUUUCUAUAGUUCCAUGUCAUGGGCAGCAGUCUCCUCCAACUCAGCUGGAGAGCUAUAUAGACUCAGGGAGCUUGUGUGCCACAGUGCAGAGCUUUUAAAAAAGUAGAGCCUCAUCUUUCUGCCACACUCUCAUUCUCUCUCUCCCUCUCUUUUAAAUAGGGAAGACACUUUGAUAAGGACACAGAUAACAGAUUUGUUGGGCAGCAUCUAUACACCAACAUCAAGGUGAGAUUCCCAUGUGCAUUAAACAAUAUUUUUAUUCUCUCUUUGUACCUUCCUAUUCUCUUGUUGUUCGAGGUACAUAAUUUCAUUAUCUUGUCUUUGCAGGCGAAUGAUCGCUGCUACCUAAUGAAGAGAUUAACUGAUAUUGUGGUGACAGACGUCCUCAUGACCCUCUCUGGGGACAAAUAUCCCAGCGCCCAGGAAGUUGCAAGUUUCUUGGCCGAUUUGAAUAGGAAACUGAAGGGCUGUGUAAGCAUCAUCUAUAGCUGUAGUCUGUCUCUGUUUCCCACCCCUGAUCCUCUGCUUCCUUGGUAUUUCACCUGCUUGGAUGCUUUUCCUCUAGGGAGGUGGGGGAGCAGGGUAUUCAACUUGCGUCUGUGGCUGGUAGUUGGCAAUAUAUUUCUAGACAAGGCAAGGUAGCAAAUCACCAGCGCCGAAGGUAAAGGAGGAAACCUCAAAUCAAAACAUCCAAUCUUUCUGCCGUCAAGUGCAAGACAAGCGAAAGGUGUGAAAUGAAAAACCACAUUGUGACUUAGCUGCAUUCCUUCCUUUUCAGAAACCACUGGGAAAUAAAGAACACAUUGAAAGGAACCUGCAGCAAAUGAAAGACAAAUUACAACAGGUAUGUUGCUUUGUAAAAUUUGUUCUAUUUUAUUUAUGUACCACUUGAAUGAAAAACAACAACAACCCUCAAAGCAGUUCAUGAAAAAGAUUUUUUUUAAAAAAAUAUUAAUCUCCCUUUUUUUUUCUUAGUUGAGUGCUAGUUCAAAUGUUUAGAAAUGGCAUGUUUUAUACAGUCUUCACAGACUGUAGUCCCUCAGAAUACGCUCAGGGAAUAAGGUUUGAAUAUAGAAUCAUAGAAUCAUAGAAGAGUUGGAAGAGACCACAAGGGCCAUCGAGUCCAACCCCCUGCCAAGCAGGAAACACCAUCAGAGCACUCCUGACAUAUGGUUGUUAAGCCUCUGCUUAAAGACCUCCAAAGAAGGAGACUCCACCACACUCCUUGGCAGCAAAUUCCACUGUCGAACAGCUCUUACUGUGUCUCAUCAGCUCUAGCCAGCAAGGCCAACGGUUAGAAACCCCUCCAUGUCAGCCAGCCUUGCAUUGUAGCUGCAUUUGCUUAGCUCACAUUCAUAUCUGUUCCCUUUGAACUUCUAUCCAGUACAAAAUGUUUUGCCGCCUGAAGGUGGAAUAAAAAAAAAAAUGCAAGCCUUUCGCAUUUCAUUCAGCGGUGGAAUUGUUGUUGUUGUUGUAUGUUUAGUCCAGUAGUGAAUCCAUUGAGGUUUGAUAAGGAGAAAUCUGUCAGUUUUGGUUUCUCACCGUUUCUAUUUUUUUUAAACAAACUUAAGUUCAGGUUCCACAUGAGUGACAUUUCCACUUUUAAAAAGUGCUCCUGAAAAUUAACCAGCAGUUUAGUGCUGAUUUCAUCAAAAAUACAUACAAUUGCAUGCAAUUCUGUCUCAUAUAUGCAUUUUUGUAAAGCAUAUUCCCCUUAUAUUCAUAUUUUCCCUAAUAUAAUGUACUUUUGUAUGCUAUUUUCACCAAUAUAUGCAUUUAUACCCAUGCUUUAUUUUGGUAAAGGAUGGCUGUGUUUUGGUUCACAUAUUGUUUGCAAAUACGGUGCAAAUUAGGUAGAUUUGCUUUUAGGCAGAUUUGCCUUUAAAUGUGUGCUAAAUUGAGGUAUUGUCUGCUAUCCCCUUCACCAAUCCCUUUAAAUAAAUAAUUAUGCAAAAUAUAAAUGAAGUAAUUCAUUCUUAUCAGAAUCUAACAGAACUCAAUGGAAGAUCCAAAAUGACCCAAAUUGGAUCAAUAGUACUAUAGAGAAAAAAUGUUCAGGCUGUUCAAUGAGCAUUCUUGCAGUGGGGUCUUAGUCUCAUUCUGCUUUGGUGAAUUGUCCAUUCUGAUGAAGAAAUUGUUUUUGCUUUGAUUUUACAGUUGGGAGAAAAUGGGAAAAACAAAGCAGUCGGUGAACUUGAUUUGCUGUUUGACUACCUGGAGGAUGCCUGCACUGUAGCACUCAAAGCCCCCAACAAGAGCCACAAAGGCAAGAAGAACAACAACAACAACUGA